CUGAUUUGCUGCUUUAAAUAGAAUGCUAAUACAAGUUCAGUUUCUCGGAAUCUCAAACGAAACAGGGCUGUGUUUUUCUCAGCAAUUCGUGAUGGAGUCGCUUCUAAAAAACCUCAAAGAGCACGUAACAUGUUCGAUUUGUUUGGAUACUUACACCAAACCCAAGACCAUUGCUUGUCUUCAUACGUUCUGCUGUGAAUGCCUAGAGAGACAUGCACUAGCGAGACAAAAACAAGGGUUUUAUCCAUGCCCCGAGUGUCAAGCACAAAUUGGCAUCCCUGAAGGAAAGCGUUUUGAUAAUAUGCCGAGCAGUUUUCUGCACAACAGUUUGUUGAGUCUUCUUGCAGUUCGACGCAGCGGCGAAGGAAAUGAGAUCAGCUGUAGUACAUGCCAGAAGAAGAGCGCUGAGAUCAACUACUGCUUUGAUUGCGAGAAGUUUAUGUGCCCAGACUGUGUGAAAGCACACGAAGUGUUUCGAGAAACUAUGUUUGAGGGACACAAAGUCACACCAGUGCAACAGUUUCAAGCCUCAGAAUACGAGGCCUUGUUGAAAAGGCAGUCAUUUUGCUCAGAGAAUUACCACAAAAAAGAUGUGAUUCGUUUUUUUUGCGUUGACUGUCAAAGGUGUGUAUGUCAAGUUUGCAUCGCCACUGAUCACAAAAGCCACGAUGUUGUUCCGCUUGAAAAGGCAGCGGACGAUGAAAAAGCAAACAUCAUUGCCCGAGCUGAGCUCGUAAAAGAGAAGAAAGAGGUCUGCCGAGAUGUUAUUCGUGAAUUUGAGAACACGGAACAUGAGUUGGAAACAAAUAUUACCACAGCUAAACGCCAAGUCUCUCAAGCAACCGAACAGAUGAUGGGAAAGCUUCGCCAACUGGAGCGUGAAGCCAUUACUGUCCUCGAGAAGACUCGCGUGUCAAGGAUUGAGAAAUUACAUUCUGGAAAAGCAUCGGUUGUGUCUUUUGAAAAGCAACUUGACCAAGCAUUUGAGUUCAGUAACAACCUGGUUGAGAGAAGCUCAAGUUCAGACAUAAUGCAAAACAAGAAAAAUGUAGAAGAACGAAUCGAAGACCUCAUCAAGACCACAAUGCCAGCACUUCCGGUUAGCUCGUAUGUAGAAUUUGUGACGACAUGUGAACCAGAGAGUUUGAGUCUGGGAUUUACGAAAUUCAGCGAAACUGAUGUGCAAGGAUCGGUCAUGAAAGGACUGGAUCAAAAUUUUCAAACUGGUAUAGAGGCAGAGCUACUAAUUUGUCCCAAAACAAGCGAAGGAGAAAUCAGAAACACUCAGCACACAGAUCGUGUUGAAAUACACAUGGACCCUGCGGAUCAGGUGAGGAGUUUGGCGACGAGUGAAAAAGAGGAUGGAAAUUUCCAAGGAAAAUUUGUAGUGAAAGUACCAGGUACUUAUAAAAUAGAAGUAAAGAUAAAUGGACAGAAACUUGCCAAGAGUCCAUUUUCUAUUCUGGUUAAAGCACGAGAGUUAAAUGUUGUAGGCAAGUUAGACUUUCAGGGAGAAACGCUCCAAGCUCCAGCCGGCAUUGCAGUGAAUAGCAAAGGUGUUAUUGCUGUGGCUGAUCAUAGAGGUCACAGUGUCCUGGUAUUUGAUGAGACAGGAAAGUUUGUGCGAAAACUUGGUUCCUAUGGAGACAAGGAUGGACAAUUAAACAAACCAGACGAUCUCACGUUCAUAAACGAUGACGAGAUUCUGGUGGCGGAUCAAUUGAAUCACCGAAUACAGCAGUUGAAUGUACAGACAGGGAACUUUGUAAAAAGCUUUGGAAAAAAGGGAAGUGGAGAUGGAGAGUUUACGAAUCCCGUAAGUGUUUGUACUACAAGUGAUGGAUGUUUUAUCGUUGUAACAGAGUAUGUUAACAGCAGAAUUCAGGUGUUUACGAUGGAUAGUGAACCUGUGUUUAAGUUUGGAGACAGCGGCCCAGAAAAACUGGAUCGUCCAGUCAGCUGCGUUUAUUGCAAGGAAAAGUUCUUUGUAAGUGAUCUCAGAAAUAACUGUGUGAAAGUGUUUGAUGGGAAAGGGCAGUUUUUGUACAAGUUUGGAGAAAAAGGAAACGGUGAUGGACAGAUUUAUUCCCCUUAUGGCUUAUGUGUUGACAAAGAUAACAACAUUUUCUUAUGUGAGAAGGGAAAUAAUCGCGUUGAACAGUUUACAUUGGAAGGAACUUUCAUUGGAAAGACAAGUACUAAUAUUCAAUUUGGAUGGCCCUGGAGUGUUACCCCAAUGCUAGAUGGUCGGAUUUUAGUCACAGACUUCAAAGAGAAAGAAGUUUACGUUCUGAAAUGAGUACCCAAUUUUUGAAAGGAACAAUCAAUUCUUCGUAAGCAAACCUUUUGCGAAUAUCUUUAGGUUUUUAUUACUUUCAAUUAUUAAUUUACGGAAAAUUGUGACCUUUCAUGUGUCGCAAGAGAAUUCGAAAGAAAAUGGCUAGAAUUAGCAAAUUACCUUCUAAUUUUUCUUAGAGAGUUCAAAGAAUUGUCGAUGCGUCACUUCAUUAAUGUAAUUUUUUGUGUUGUGAGUUGAUUAUAGCGGAAGGACUGAGUGGAGUCCAAUUGUUGGAAACUGUACGAUACGUUAAUUAUUCCUAUUUGAUUGACAUUGAUGAGUGAUUUCGUUUAUCUACACAUAACCAAACAAUAUGUAUGUGGCACGAGUUUUAUCGCCCCAUAUAUGGCACUGUUCUACGUGUUUACAACGGGACGUUGAGUGUGUGUUUCCUUCGAAUAAGUCGAGAGUUGUGAGUGGGAGUUAACCGAAGCGUUGUCGUAAAAUCUUCAAAUCAAGUGAAUAACUCGUGAGUUAAUAAGGAAGCAUGGUACAGCUUUUUCACGUUUUCGACACAAUUCGGUCUCUAAUCAUUCUGGUGAGUGACAAAAUCGGACAACUGCAAAGCGGGAAUCCGAUUUGUCAAUCACGAGUUAGAAAGCAAGCAGACAUCAGUUAUACGUUUAGUAUCUGUAAUCACAUAGGCUCGAGGGCACUUAUGAUUACUUUUUUAUCACAUUAAGUGCUAAAUUUUUGAGGGAAUUGCAUUCACGCACGAUUUCCGUGGAAUGAAGCCCUUUCAAUACCGCUACAAAUGUCAAAACACUGAUCAAUAGACUCGAUGAACAUUUUAUUCUCAAAAUAUAGUUAACAACGGCUUCACUCAGUUAAGCCAAUCAAUACCUAGUUGCCGCUAACAGCAAAGAGGUUCAAUCAGCAGCAAGUGACUAAGAAAAGAUUCCCUUUUCCUCAGCCAAUCAGCAUUCAGUAAUUUUGCCCCGCACGUGAUACGUAAAACAUAAAAAAAAAAAAAACAGUUAACUCGCCGAAAUGCGCGACGACAGCGAGUGCAUAUGAUGUGCGCUGUCCACUUACACAGGCAUGAUAUGUCAACUGUUCUAUUCAAUUGUCCAAUUACAAGCAUGACACCUACGCUGUUCAUACAUUAUAAAUUAAUUGAAUAAAUUACUGAUAUUGUAG